CUAGUGCCAUUUCCCCUGUAAAACCAAGAACACAAGUUCAAUAUGACAUUCUUGUAUCAUUUGGUGAAUUACAAGACCUUGCUUCGUAUUUCUUUCCCAAAAUUGGUAGCCAAAGUUUGGCAAAGAGCAAUAGAGAUCAACUUGGUUCGAAUUAAAAAAAAAAAAAAAAAAAAAAAAAAAAAAAAAAAAAAGUCAACCAAUUGCCAUCUUUGACUUUGUUAAUUGAUGGUCUAAGUUUGUGGUUUGAUUCUUUGAGCUUGUUUUGGAGAUGAAGAAAAGGGUUUUAUUGUUUUCUGGGUUUACAGUUUACUUCAUGCAAAAGCCAGAGUAACUAACAAUGAAGUACAGAAAAAGUAGUCGGAGGCCAUUUACACGGCAACAAAAGUGGCUUUUAUUUAGGUUUCUUGAACUAGGAUUUAUCUUAUGAUACGUCGUUAAACCCAUGUGACCCUUUCUUGCAUUUCUCAUGCUAAUUCUCAUUCUAAUUCUCAUUCUCAUUCUCAUUGCAUCCCCCCCAACCCUUUCUAUAUAUAACGUACGCACUAUAUAUCUUUUACCACACUUUUUAUUCCUCUUCAAAUCCCACCAAUUCCCUUCUCCAUUCCCACCUCUCAUUCAAUUCACAACCAUUUCUGAUUAUAACUUAGGAUUUGGUCUCCGAAAUGGGAUUAGCCCGGAAUCCCAGAAGCUCAGAUUACUUGGACGGAAUGAUAGGUGAUCCCGCCGGCAAACAAACCAAGUUCAGGCCACAAAAGAGCACUUCCGGUCGCCUGGUUACACUCCUCACUUGCCUUCAGUUCGCUUUUGCAGUUUACGCCACCUUCCUGCUCUACUACAUGAGCCCUUCCAUCGAUCUACGAACUCCAAAGCCUGACUUCGCUUGGGCUUCAAGAAUCGCACAACAAUGGAAGCAUUACAUAAUCCCACCACAUGUUAUAAGCCGAUACCAAGAAACUGCAUCCAACUUGAUCCUUGAACCGAUUCCGAUGAUCUCCACCCCCGGCGAAGUUUGCGAGCAUGAAAAGAUCGAAUUUGAACAGAAAAAGUCAAACGAUGCAGUUAUGAUCAAGAUCAAAAGAGAGCUUUACGAUGAAGUUCUUAAUUUCCAAAGCAAGAACAUGGGCACUGAGUCGUUGACUGAGUUAAUGGCAAUGAAAUCGAAAUGGGAUAUGAAGGGUGCCGGAAACAUUCCGAAAGUUACAGUCAUCUUGAAUCAUUUCAAACGUAAAACGCUUUGCUCCCAGCUUGACUCGUUGCUACACCAGACUCUCCCUUUUCACCAUGUUUGGGUGCUUUCGUUUGGAAGUCCGAAUGAGAUUGGCCUGAAAAGAAUCGUGGAGAGCUACAACGACACGAGAAUAAGCUUCAUUAGCUCGACUUAUGAUUUCAAGUAUUACGGGAGGUUUCAAAUGGCGCUGCAGACUGAAGCUGAUCUAGUGUACAUUCUUGACGACGACAUGAUUCCGGGGACCAAAAUGCUGCAGAUUUUGUCGCAUGUCGCCGGAACGGAGAAGUAUAAGAACUCUGUGUUGGGGAGUAUCGGCCGGAUUUUGCCUUUCCGACAGAAGGAUUUCACGUUUCCGAGUUACCGGAAAUUCAGAUCGAAAGAAGCGGGGCUUUAUUUGCCUGACCCUGCAUAUGACAUCACAGUCGACAAAAUUGUGCAGGUCGAUUUUCUUUCGAGCUCUUGGUUCCUCUCGGCGGAGCUUAUCAAGACUCUUUUUAUUGAGACUCCUUUCACAUUCAUGACAGGAGAAGAUCUGCAUCUAAGCUACCAGCUUCAAAAAUACAGAAACGCAGGUUCGUUUGUGCUUCCGGUAGACCCAAAAGACAAGGAAACUUGGGGUGACAGUGAGCAUAGGCUCGCCUACGUCGCCGAAACCACCGUGAUUUUCAAAGACGUUGUUCAAGUCCGAGAUGAUCAAUGGUGGCGAGCACUAUCCACCGGCUACAUCACCCAAUGGGCAGCAAUGUACCCUCAAAAAGUCGACGCCUUUUUCUACGCUCAUUCACCAGACGAAGUCAGAGCAUUAGCCCCACUCCUCGAGAAAUUCCGAUCAACCGUCGGGAAAAAGGCUUACAUUGUAGUUCCCGGAGGUGGGUUUUGUUCCUGCGAGGAAGCCACAUCCGCCUUAAAAUGGCCGAAGACGGUGUGUAGAGAAAGAAGGUUCAAGAUCUUUGAUUUGGGCGUCGGAGCAGUUUCGGGAAUUAAUUCAAACUCCGACGUACCUGUUGUACAAUCAGUUUAUGCUAGCAUGAAAGGAUUGAUCCAGAUUCAUAACCCGAGUGUUGUCAUCACUGUUGAUGAUAUUGAUUCCAAUGUACGAAAAGCCUUGAAGAUGGCUACUGAAAUUAAUAAUUCAAAUUCGACUUUGGUUCAUCUGCCUAGAUCAUCUAUUUCAAAGGUUCUAUGGAUGGCCGAUCUACGCUCUACAGCUUUACCAAAUUGGAACAAGAUGAGGAUAUCAGUGAACAUCAUAACUCAAAACCGAGUCAACUCGCUAACGAGACUACUGAAUUCGCUAAAAGAUGCGUAUUACCUUGGGGACGAGGUCCCAAUAAGCUUCAACAUGGAUAGCCGAGUCGACAAGUCAACUCUGAAGCUUGUAAAGAGCUUCGAUUGGCCUCAUGGACCUAAAAUCCUAAGGAGACGAAUCAUUCAAGGAGGUUUGAUACGAGCUGUUAGCGAGAGUUGGUAUCCUUCAUCUGAUGAUGACUUUGGUCUUCUUUUAGAAGACGAUAUCGAAGUUUCUCCUUACUAUUACUUAUGGAUCAAAUAUGCACUUUUAGCAUACCAUUACGACCCUCAAGUUUCACUCCCUGAACUUUCAUCAAUCUCCUUAUAUACUCCUCGUUUGGUUGAGGUGGUGAAAGAACGACCUAAAUGGAACGCGACUGAAUACUUUAAGCACAUACAUCCAAACACACCUUACCUUCAUCAACUGCCAUGCAGUUGGGGUGCUGUUUUCUUCCCGAAGCAAUGGCGGGAGUUUUAUGUGUACAUGAACAUGAGGUUUACAGAAGAUGCGAAGAAGAACCCUGUACAAAUCCCGAAAUCAAGAACUAAUGGAUGGCAAGCUUCGUGGAAGAAGUUUCUGAUUGACAUGAUGUAUCUUCGAGGGUAUGUUAGUCUUUACCCAAAUUUUCCCAACCAGAUGAGCUUCUCGACGAACCAUAUGGAACCUGGUGCUCAUAUUAGCGCUAAAGAUAAUGUGGUUCACCAUAACAAGACUGACUUUGAGGUCCCAUUGUUGAAAGAUGAUUUUAGGAACUAUUUGCCAAAUGGGAAGAUGCCACCUGCUUCAAAGUUGCCAUCUUUGAAUCUGUUUAAUCAAGCAGUGUCUUUGAAGGGGUUAAAGUCUGCAGGGUCGAAACUGAGACAAGAUGUGAUUAAUUGUACUGUGACUGAGGUGGUUAUGGUUGACCAUGAAACUGGUCUUCCUUCGCAUUGUGCAACGUUCUGAUCACUUGUUAUGAUGUCGCCGAUUCAUUUUUUUCUUUUUUGUUCUUUAAUUUUCGGUUUAUAUAUACUUUGAUAGUGGAAUGAUUCCCAUUUGCAAUGGAAUGGGAAUUGGUGGGGUGAAAGGGGAUAAAUGUUGUUAAGGAAGGACUAAACUUGUUGGGAUAUAGCUGUAUACUUUAUAGCAAUGAAAGCCAAAACUGGCACUUUUAAAUUCUUUUAA